AUGACAAUGGAAGAUCGCACGGGUGGCAUCGACCGUGCCGCCCCCGCGACCUCGACGACCGCCACCACGGCGUUAACCUCGUCCAGUCCGUCGUCCAUCAGCGACGCCACCACCGAUGCUUCCUAUCCUCUUCAACGCGCUAAUAAACGUUCCUUCGACGUCGCCUUCCUGGUCGCGCCGGACGAAAACCUGGCGCGUCGUCAGAGCGAGAAGAUGAGGAUGAUCUCCAACCGGAAGCAGGAUCGUCCGCGAGAAGACAUCGCAACGGAAAGCGUCUUGGACGCUGAUCGACUGCCUCAGAAUCUGACCAUCAAGAACUACGACAACGACGCUGUGGUAUCCGACAGAAGGAGGAUGAUACAUUGUACAGAAAAUUCAUUGAGUCCUCCGUAUAUUUCUCCAAGGACACUGACACCGACCCUGCCGGGUCUGUCUCCCGAAAACGACGUCAGGAGAUACGUUUCUGGGAGUCGUCUUCAGAAAUCACCCAGUCCGCCUACCUUCGGGCCUCACCAAUCGAUACUGACCACCUGUCCCGAGGGUAUUGAACAAAAUCUAGCUUGCAACAAGGUCUACGACACGGGUAUCCCCUGUCAGGCGGACAGACACGGCGAGUCUCGAAGCGCGUUCACGAAAGUGAGCCUAACAGCUCCGAGAAACGGCUUCAGCGACGAUGGUCAGACCUCGCCCAGGUCGUCCAUAUCACCCGACGAUCGCACCAGCUAUCAGAGCAGCGUCAGUCCGCCUGUAGUUCCUCUAACCGCCGCCCCCGGCUACAAAUACGCGCCCUUUCCCGCCAAAAUGGCAUAUCCCUUCCUGGUCAGCCCAGAAAGCAGUCAGCCUGGCUUACUGGAGAACUUGAAAAUACCGCAGAUCGCUCAACCGCCCAAAGUACCCAGUCCAAAGAUACCUACCUUUCGACCGGACCUACCACCGGUUUACCCUAACAUCCCGUACAAUCCCAUUUCCGUAUUUCCGCCUAUGGCAGAGGCGCUCAGCAGGCCCCGAUUUUUAGCGACGGCCGCAGGAGUGGCCGGUCUUUUACCGCCUUCCUUCGCCGCUCUCACUCUGCCUGCGCAGAACGUAUGCGCCAAGUGCAACCUGUCCUUCCGGAUGACGUCCGAUCUGGUUUAUCAUAUGAGAUCCCAUCAUAAGAACGAGAAUACCGGUGAGGCUGCUAGGAGGAGGAGGGAGGAGAAACUGAGGUGUCCCGUCUGCGACGAGAGCUUCCGGGAGAGGCAUCAUCUGACCAGGCACAUGACUGCUCAUCAGGAUAAAGAGAGCGACGCGAUCGUGGAUCAGGUUGAAGUGAAGAGACGAGCGACAACGGUUCACAGCAAGUGA